GCGUUUCUAAACCAGACAUUUUCCAACACACGACACCUACGUUAGCCCAUCUUUAUAUGCCUAAGAAACAUGAAAAAUAAAAGCAUACUUUGCUAGAUUUGCAAGAGAUUAGUUUAUACAUAGCAGUAGCUACCCAAUACGCCAUCAUUUUCAUUGCUUGAAAGCCAUGGCAGGUGGUAGCUAUGAUGAUGAAGCUUUCUGUCAUAAUGAGUUGUUGCUUGAUCCAGAGGAAGCAAGUGUUUUCGAUCUGAUUUGUCUCCUAUUUUCCUCUGAUAUAAAGAGCAGAAGAUUUGUUGAGUGCCCAGAAGAGCAAAGGAGAAGAGAUUUUAGUCAUCGAUGGCUUAUAUUCAUCUCCGUUGUUGCUCAGAAAUUUCUUCUCUAUAACAGAAAACCCUUGGCUCAGAUAGGGGAUGCAAUAGAGACGUGGUUGAAUCUUUUGUCAAGCAACGGUGGGCUGUUCACGCUGAUGCUGAAAUUUUUGACAGGAAAAGUGACGUGGCCGGAUAGAUCAUCAGCGAUGUUCACCUCGGUGGUGGGAAAUCUUGACCGGAGAGUAGAAUUAGAUAGGAGUAUAAAAGCUGGUGAAAGAAAAUAUAAACCAGCUCUGGCUUUAAUGGCAGCGAAAUUAUCAUACGAGAAUGAAGCCUUCAUCAACUCCAUUGUUACAGAUCACUGGAAUAUGGAAUUCUUAGGAUUUUACAACUUCUGGAACGAGUACCAGAGGCUACCCUCAACGAAAGCCUUCAUACUUCAAGACACGAACAGUGACCCAAACCUUAUAGUGGUGGCAUUUAGAGGCACCAACCCAUUUGAUGCAAAUGCAUGGUGCACAGAUGUUGAUAUCUCCUGGUACGAGCUUCAAGGCAUUGGUAAGAUCCACCGUGGCUUUAUGAAUGCCCUAGGCCUACAGAACAAUGGCUGGCCAAAUGAAAUUACACAACCCAAUGGCCGUUUAUAUGCGUACUACGAGAUCAGAAGAGUGCUGAGAGAUCUACUGAGCAAGAAUGAGAAGGCAAAGUUCAUUGUAACAGGGCACAGCUUGGGUGGGGCUUUGGCAAUAUUGUUUGUGGGUGUUUUAGCCAUGCACAAAGAGGAGUUGUUACUGGACAAAAUGGAAGGUGUGUACACAUUUGGGCAGCCAAGAGUUGGGGACAGGCUCUUUGGGAGUUUCAUGGAAGAUGGGUUGAAAAAGAAUGAUGUCAGAUAUUUGAGAUUUGUUUAUAGCAAUGAUAUGGUGCCUAGAUUGCCCUAUGAUGAUUCAACUCUCUUGUAUAAGCACUUUGGGCCUUGCCUCUACUACAAUAGCUGCUAUCAAGGGAAGGUCUUGUGGGAAGAGCCAAACAAGAAUUACUUCAAUUUAUUUUGGGUCAUACCCAAAAACUUGAAUGCUGUUUGGGAGCUGAUUAGGAGUUUUAUCAUCCCUUGCGUGAAAGGGCGGAACUAUAGAGAAGGCUGGUUUAUGAAACUUUUUAGGAUAAUAGGACUGGUAAUUCCAGGAUUAUCAGCUCAUGUCCUUCAAGAUUAUAACAAUUCUGCCCGAUUAGGGUCCUUGCCUCAACUAGAGCUUCACCAACAUUAAUAACAAUGGAGCUGCUGAAUGAUUUUUUGAGAAUAAUCAUCCACAGAUUAUUUGCACGUCACCCAUUUCCCUCGAAGUCUCACUUUCAACUAUUGAGAAAUUGCUUUGGAAAGGGAUUUAGCUUGUAGGGAAUUAAGUUUUUGGUGAUUCGGUCUGUUACCCACAUUCCGUUUUAGGAUCUUUGUUGUCUCGCAGUGACAAACAGAGGUUUCUUCAAGCUGCACUCGCCUCUUCUAGGCUUGUUCCAGGACAAUGUCUUUGACAAACAAACAAAGCAUUAAGCAGUAAAAUGUUGAAAAUUUUUUUAUCGGAUUAUUAUUUUUAAGAGCAUAUAUGCAUUCUAUCGAUUUGUGAAAUCCAAAGUAGACUUGUAUCAGAAACUAAAACCCCAGUUUCUUGCGGGGAAUAGUUGUCUUCACCAUAUAACAAGGUUUAUUUUC